AUGACUACUACUGACAAAGGUACUGUUACACUGGUUUUAGAACAUAUACUGGUUGAAGCAAUGUUUCAGACUGAGACUGGAAUAGACAACUGA